CUUGUUUUUCCUUGGUCCUUCUAUACCCUAGCCAUCCUAGUUGGCUGUCCGCUCUACGCGCUAGAUAUACUCUACUUAUAAUGUCGAACCUCCUCCGUCGCCUGGCCAGCAAGCGACUGCCAACCUCCGUUCGCUCCGCGCGGCUCUCUACGGCCACGCCCCCACCGGCCCCAGCGCGACGGGGCAUAUCGGUUUGGACCGCCUCUAUAGCUGCUGCUACACUCGGUCUCGCAGGCUACGCCGCCGGUGCCGUCUUCCCACCGCAAGCCGCGACAAUCCUCUUCCCUCGCGUCGCGCCGCCGCCGCUCCCGGAGGACUCGCCCGAGGGCCGCGCACACAUGCAAGAACUGGAGGACCAGAUGCAGAAGUUGCCCUUCUUGCAAGAACUGCGCGCGACGCAGGACCCCGAGGAGUGGUACGAGGCGCGGCCGUAUCUGCUGUUCCCAGAGGAGCGGCGGGUGAACAACCUGACGGCGGGCGUGCUGAGGGGACCGGGGAAGCUGGCGGUGCACGCGCUGGUGAGAGCGAGGAAAGACGAGAAGGAAAGCUACGUGAUUCUGCAUGUGGGGCGUGCGCUGUGCGGGCAUGACGGCAUCGUGCAUGGCGGCUUGCUGGCGACGCUGUUAGAUGAAUCAUUAGCGAGGAAUGCAAUUAACAACCUCCCCGAGCGCGUCGGCGUCACCGCGACCUUGACCAUCAACUACAAGGCUCCAGUCCGCGCAGAUCAGUUCAUCGUCAUAAAGACGCAGGUCGGCGACGUGAAUGGGCGCAAGGCCUUGGUCUCCGGUAUUGUGCAGGACUUGGAGGGCAAGGAGUUGGCGAACGCAUCUGCCCUUUUCAUUCAGCCGCGCUACGCGAAGAUGCUGGACCCGGACAUGCUGCGCAAGCGGAUGGGUGAGCCGUUGAAGAAGACGGGAGAGCCAGUGGUAAUUGACUAGACGCUCGGAGGGUGGCCGAUGACUAGAAGUGCGGGUCUAUGGUAUAUUUCUAGAGAUCGAGCGAGGCGCUACCCGUGCAUGACGAGCGCGAUUCGAUAGUACAUUUUCGUCGUAUAUGGCUCGCUAGUAGGGCACGUUAUGCUACACUUGCGCACGGCUUGCAUCCUUCUACCAACUUUUUUACUCCUCAACCAAGCAGACUCGUCAAUGAUAUGACC